AUGCCAUUGCCCCCGAUUUCCGUGCUCGUCGCCUGCGGCAGCAUCGUAACCUCCAUCAAGUCCAGCUGGGAACUGUCACGCAUGCUCAAACGCAAGAAGCUCGAAAAGUCGCUCGUCCGGGACUCGGACCUCCUCCUCGAGACGCUCACCAAUGCCUACCUGUGCGGCGACAUGUCAAAGCACGAGUACGACGAGUGGUAUGACAGGUUCCUCACAUCUCUUGCUAUCAACGAUGUCACUGGGCUCAAGAAGAUUUGGGUUCACUUAGAUAUGGUCCGACAACAGACGACAGGCGCCUCCAAGGCCAGUCGUGGCGAGCGACCAGCAAGACACCCGCCGCCCAAGCCGCCGUCCUCGUCGAGGCCAUCGUCACGGGCGCGAGACGACCGGCUUCCCAAGGCUUGCAGACCCCCGCCCCUCAGCCUCUCAGGCAAACACGAACAUCGAACCGCCACGUCGGGUCUCUCCUCUCCACGACGACGCACUGUCAGGUUUGCCGAUCCCAUGAGACCGCGAAAGGAGGUUAUUAGAGUAUACGUCAAGUCGCCAUUGCCACGUGAGAGACAGACAGGAGACGAGUCUGACCUCCGUUUGGGGAGGCAUUUGGGCUAUCGUUCAAAACGAGCGAGGUAG